AAGUGUUUGUGUGUCGCUCGGUGCGUAAACAUGGCUGUCGGAAAGUGAGACGCAAAUGACAAUAAGCCCGGCUGAUCCGAAAACCACGUCUACAGGGGACCGAAAGGACACAUAUGUUAUAAACCAACAUGUCUCGGCACAGAAAUGUCCGAGGCUGCAACUACGAUGAAGACAAGCUGAACUCCUGUCUGGACCAGAUGCGUGAGGUGCUGGGUGACACAGUGCCAGAGUCUGUCCUUACCCAGGUUGCCUUGCAGUGCGCCUUCGACCCCGAGAGAGCCCUGGACACCAUCCUAUCAGGCGAGAGCACCGGUGCUCCGCCCCGGUCCGCUAAGACGCAUCAGGACGCACCACUGCCCCAGGGAGCCAAUAAGGAAGGACCACUGCCGCAGAGAGCGAAUAAGGACAUGACAGCUGCGCCAAGAUCCAAUCAGGAGGCAUCAGCCACCCCACAACCAAAGAAAGGAGCCUGCCUAUCCAACUCUGACACUGUACUCACACCAACUCUAUGUCCACCUACCGAUCCUCUGAACCUUAGUGACCUCCUAGCGCGGCCUGUGAAAGGUCAUUGUCAUGACACUCACAACCUCUCCACUUCGACUCUGAAUUUCGCGGCGGGUUCCGCAAGGCCCAUGGCGACGGUUGCCGAGGCGGGGAGCAGCAGCAGCCUGGCCCAGUUGAUGUCUGAGCAUGUUCAGAAGGGUCAGAGGGUGGGACUCCCCUCACUGUCCUCAUCUACUCUGGCUGUUCUUUCUGGCCUGUCAUUGGGCACUCUAGCGUUGUUAAACUCCAACUCCGCCCCCAUUGCUACAAGUCCCCCCAACCACCUUGCCUCCUCUUUGGGUAGCUUGUCCUUAGGCAACCCCAAACUGACAGCUCCGAGCGCCAAUAUGGCCCCUCCCUCCUUCGGCAGCCUGAGCUCCGUCCUCCAGAGCAGCCGACCAAUGGAGAUCGCGACAGGGGGGGGGGCUAAGGGGGCGGAUCCCAAAGGAAGCCCGUCAUUGGCUGAGCUGAUCCAGGAACAUUCCAACAGCAGCCCCACCCUCUACAGUACACUCCCCGGUCUCUACGGGAACAGCUCAAUCCCCAUUGCCCACGGCGACACAGCUCAGACUGCCGUCGGACCAGCGCCAGCUCUCACACGCUCCCUGUCCCAUCUCCCACAACCCCAAGGACCUCUGAACACACACUGUUCCCCCAAGACCCAGAUCACAACAACACCAGAACCCCAAGUCCUCCCUCUGUCUCUGCUGGCCUCUCACCGUCAGCCAGUAAGCACGGUGCCAGCAGCAGACCCAGACGGACAGGUAGUACCACCUCCUGGCCUAUUGGGGGAGCUCUCUCCACUAGCCUCUCAGCAUCACAACAGAACUUUCUCCGACACCCCACCAUCACUCUCCCUCGCCGCGCUCCUGUCACCAGGGAAACCACAGCCGAGAAGUAUCCAAGAGGGAGGAGUCAGAGACAAACCCCGCCCCCUUUUGUCACCCACUCCCCUGAGUCUCCGCCCACCAUGGGGUGAUCAGAGUGUUGAUCUAAGCGCUCUCAUGGCCCAGUCGUCCCACGGUGGAGUGUUGUUCGCACGUCGCCAUGACAAAGGCCUCUCCUCGCCGUCCGCGGUCGCCUUGAGGUCAGACCACCACCGCCACGGUUCCUCUGUGUUCGCUCGACCGUCCGUCUUCGCCCUGACCCUGUCGGUGCGUGCGCCCAGCCGGGGGAAGAGGAGGAGGAUGAUGAUGAUGAAGGAGGCUGUGGGAGAUCUGAGGUUAGAGGUCGGAGGAGGAGGAGGGGGUCACCCGGCGUUUCUGUACGGAACACAGACCCAGCUGGUCAAAGCUAAAGAACAUACGCCCCUCUUACCCAUAACCCCUUUCACCUUCGACACGCCCUCCCCCGACGACGUCGUACGAGCCAAUCAGAAGAAGGCCUUCACCCGCGAGUAAAGGUCACUAAGGAAGUGGACUGUCUGUUGCUAGGCUAUGCCCCAAAUGGCACCCUACAUUACUUAGGUCUCUGUUUUAAAAGUAGUGCACUGUUCAGGGAAUAGGGUACCAUUUGAGGCGUAACCAAGGUGAUUAAAGAACAACAGCAGAGCUGUUGGAGGUUUUAUAAAAGAAAGGGAUUUUACAUUUUUUUUAUUUUUAAACAGCUGUUUUUAAAGUUAUCUGAGAGUUGUAUUAAGAAAUGUGAAAGUGUGUUUUUUUCUAUUUUUUCUACUGUAGGCGAGGGAGGAUUUUGCUUCCAUUUUUAUUUGGAUAGUCCAGACAGCCUAUCCUAUCUAUAGCAUGAGGGUUAGGUUAGAGGUUAGAGGUUAGAGGUUAGGGUUAGGGAUAGUCCAGACAGCCUAUCCUAUCUAUAGCAUGAGGGUUAGGUUAGAGGUUAGAGGUUAGGGUUAGGGAUAGGGAUAGUCCAGACAGCCUAUCCUAUCUAUAGCAUGAGGGUUAGAUUAGAGGUUAGAGGUUAGGGUUAGGGAUAGGGAUAGUCCAGACAGCCUAUCCUAUAUCUAUAGCAUGAGGGUUAGGUUAGAGGUUAGAGGUUAGAGGUUAGGGUUAGGGAUAGGGAUAGUCCAGACAGCCUAUCCUAUCUAUAGCAUGAGGGUUAGGUUAGAGGUUAGAGGUUAGAGGUUAGGGUUAGGGAUAGGGAUAGUCCAGACAGCCUAUCCUAUCUAUAGCAUGAGGGUUAGGUUAGAGGUUAGAGGUUAGAGGUUAGGGUUAGGGUUAGGGAUAGUCCAGACAGCCUAUCCUAUAUCUAUAGCAUGAGGGUUAGGUUAGAGGUUAGAGGUUAUAGGUUAGGGUUAGGGAUAGUCCAGACAGCCUAUCCUAUAUCUAUAGCAUGAGGGUUAGGUUAGAGGUUAGAGGUUAGAGGUUAGAGGUUAGGGUUAGGGAUAGUCCAGACAGCCUAUCCUAUAUCUAUAGCAUGAGGGUUAGGUUAGAGGUUAGAGGUUAGGGUUAGGGAUAGUCCAGACAGCCUAUCCUAUAUCUAUAGCAUGAGGGUUAGGUUAGAGGUUAGAGGUUAGGGUUAGGGAUAGUCCAGACAGCCUAUCCUAUAUCUAUAGCAUGAGGGUUAGGGUUAGGGAUAGUCCAGACAGCCUAUCCUAUAUCUAUAGCAUGAGGGUUAGGUUAGAGGUUAGAGGUUAGGGUUAGGGAUAGUCCAGACAGCCUAUCCUAUAUCUAUAGCAUGAGGGUUAGGUUAGAGGUUAGGGUUAGGGUUAGGGAUAGUCCAGACAGCCUAUCCUAUCUAUAGCAUGAGGGUUAGGUUAGAGGUUAGAGGUUAGGGUUAGGGAUAGUCCAGACAGCCUAUCCUAUAUCUAUAGCAUGAGGGUUAGGGUUAGGGAUAGUCCAGACAGCCUAUCCUAUAUCUAUAGCAUGAGGGUUAGGUUAGAGGUUAGAGGUUAGGGUUAGGGAUAGUCCAGACAGCCUAUCCUAUCUAUAGCAUGAGGGUUAGGUUAGAGGUUAGAGGUUAGGGUUAGGGAUAGUCCAGACAGCCUAUCCUAUAUCUAUAGCAUGAGGGUUAGGUUAGAGGUUAGAGGUUAGGGUUAGGGAUAGUCCAGACAGCCUAUCCUAUCUAUAGCAUGAGGGUUAGGUUAGAGGUUACAGUUAGAGGUUAGAGGUUAGAGGUUACAGUUAGAGGUUAGGAUAGGGAUAGUCCAGACAGCCUAUCCUAUAUCUAUAGCAUGAGGGUUAGGUUAGAGGUUAGAGGUUAGAGGUUAGGGAUAGUCCAGACAGCCUAUCCUAUAUCUAUAGCAUGAGGGUUAGGUUAGAGGUUAGAGGUUAGGGAUAGUCCAGACAGCCUAUCCUAUAUCUAUAGCAUGAGGGUUAGGUUAGAGGUUAGGGUUAGGGUUAGGGAUAGUCCAGACAGCCUAUCCUAUCUAUAGCAUGAGGGUUAGGUUAGAGGUUAGAGGUUAGGGAUAGUCCAGACAGCCUAUCCUAUAUCUAUAGCAUGAGGGUUAGGUUAGAGGUUAGGGUUAGGGUUAGGGAUAGUCCAGACAGCCUAUCCUAUCUAUAGCAUGAGGGUUAGGUUAGAGGUUAGGGUUAGGGAUAGUCCAGACAGCCUAUCCUAUAUCUAUAGCAUGAGGGUUAGGUUAGAGGUUAGGGUUAGGGUUAGGGAUAGUCCAGACAGCCUAUCCUAUAUCUAUAGCAUGAGGGUUAGGUUAGAGGUUAGGGUUAGGGUUAGGGAUAGUCCAGACAGCCUAUCCUAUCUAUAGCAUGAGGGUUAGGUUAGAGGUUAGAGGUUAGAGGUUAGGGUUAGAGGUUAGAGGUUAGGGUUAGGGAUAGUCCAGACAGCCUAUCCUAUAUCUAUAGCAUGAGGGUUAGGUUAGAGGUUAGAGGUUAGGGUUAGGGAUAGUCCAGACAGCCUAUCCUAUCUAUAGCAUGAGGGUUAGGUUAGAGGUUAGAGGUUAGGGAUAGUCCAGACAGCCUAUCCUAUAUCUAUAGCAUGAGGGUUAGGUUAGAGGUUAGAGGUUAGGGUUAGGGAUAGUCCAGACAGCCUAUCCUAUCUAUAGCAUGAGGGUUAGGUUAGAGGUUACAGUUAGAGGUUAGAGGUUAGAGGUUACAGUUAGAGGUUAGGAUAGGGAUAUUCCAGACAGCCUAUCCUAUAUCUAUAGCAUGAGGGUUAGGUUAGAGGUUAGAGGUUAGAGGUUAGGGAUAGUCCAGACAGCCUAUCCUAUAUCUAUAGCAUGAGGGUUAGGUUAGAGGUUAGAGGUUAGAGGUUAGAGGUUAGAGGUUAGAGGUUAGAGGUUAGAGGUUAGAGGUUAGGGAUAGUCCAGACAGCCUAUCCUAUAUCUAUAGCAUGAGGGUUAGGUUAGAGGUUAGGGUUAGGGUUAGGGAUAGUCCAGACAGCCUAUCCUAUCUAUAGCAUGAGGGUUAGGUUAGAGGUUAGAGGUUAGGGAUAGUCCAGACAGCCUAUCCUAUAUCUAUAGCAUGAGGGUUAGGUUAGAGGUUAGGGUUAGGGUUAGGGAUAGUCCAGACAGCCUAUCCUAUAUCUAUAGCAUGAGGGUUAGGUUAGAGGUUAGGGUUAGGGUUAGGGAUAGUCCAGACAGCCUAUCCUAUCUAUAGCAUGAGGGUUAGGUUAGAGGUUAGAGGUUAGAGGUUAGAGGUUAGAGGUUAGAGGUUAGAGGUUAGAGGUUAGAGGUUAGAGGUUAGGGAUAGUCCAGACAGAUCGACUAUCAACAAAACUCUUUGUUGAUAAACAACUGCUUGCUAAGGUUACGGUUAGAAUAAGGGUUAGGGUUAGAAUAAGGGUUAGG